AUGUGCCAAAGUACCAGCGUAGUCUUCUCCUGCAAUCACUGGGGCCCACGCAAGAUUUCUCGACCCUGCCCAUGGGCAACCAGUGAAAAUAUGAAGGCCGGCUGCUUCAUCACCUUGGAGCCAGAAGGAGUCGAGCACCUCGAUCGCAUGUGUAACUCUUGUAGAAUUAAAGAAGAUCUCGGAAGUACAUCUACACUAACGCACGUGGGGAUAGAUGGAAUACGACGGCCGUUCACGAGAGAUGGUAUAGCAGCAAGUAUGUUACAAGGAUCAUUGAAGGAGGUCCCAAAAACCAAAGCUGACGAAUUGAAUCAGGCAGUCGACGAUCUUGAUGAGAAGCAAAGGGAGGCUGCGCGAAUCAAUCAAGGGAGGAGAAAGAGACUAUCUCAGGCUGACAGACUGGUAGAGAGACAGAAAGAACAAGUGUUGGAUCAACUCCAUGAACAGCUCGUGGAGCGGGAGAGAGAACGACACGAAGAAAUGAAGAGGAAGCUAAAAGCACGAUAUGAAGGAUCAAACGAUGAGGAUUGA